CUCUUCUAGCCGGGUACGGUGGAUGGCGGGGCAGGUGAGUGUGCCUGCGCUGGAGGACCGCCUUCAGUGCCCCAUCUGCCUGGAGGUCUUCAAGGAGCCCAUGAUGCUGCCGUGUGGCCACUCCUACUGCAAGGGCUGCCUGGUGUCCCUGUCCCGCCACCUGGACUCAGAGCUCCGCUGCCCAGUGUGCCGACAGGAGGUGGAUAGCAGCAGCCCCCCGCCCAACGUGUCCCUGGCACGGGUGAUUGAAGCCUUACAGUUCCCUGGGGACCCAGAGCCCAAGGUCUGUGAGCACCACCGGAACCCGCUCAGCCUCUUCUGUGAGAGGGACCAGGAGCUCAUCUGUGGCCUCUGUGGCCUGCUGGGCUCCCACCAGCAUCACCGUGUCACACCCGUCUCCACAGUCUACAGCCGCAUGAAGGAGGAGCUGGCGGCUCUCAUCUCCAACCUGAAGCAGGAGCAGAAGAAGGUGGAUGAGCAUAUUGCCAAGCUGGGCAACAACCGGACCCGCAUUGUCAAUGAAUCGGAUAUCUUCAGCUGGGUGAUUCGGCGCGAGUUCCAGGAGCUGCACCACCUGGUGGAUGAGGAGAAGGCCCGAUGCCUGGAGGGGUUGGAAGGUCAUACCCGCGGCCUCGUGGCCUCCCUGGACAUGCAGCUAGAGCAGGCCCGGGGCACUCAGGAGCGGCUGGUCCAGGCCGAGCGCGUCCUGGAGCAGUUCAGUAAUGAGAGUCACCACGAGUUCAUCCGGAAGUAUCACUCCGUGGCCUCCAGAGCAGAGCUCCAGCAGGCCCGGCCUCUGGAGGGCGCCUUCAGCCCCAUCUCCUUCAAGCCAGGCCUCCACCAGGCUGACAUCAAGCUGACCGUGUGGAAGAGGCUCUUCCGGAAGGUUCUGCCAGCCCCGGAGUCCCUCAGGCUAGACCCUGCCACCGCCCACCCCCUCCUGGAACUAUCCAAGGGCAACACGGUGGUGCAGUGCGGCCUCCUGGCCCAGCGGCGGGCCAGCCAGCCGGAGCGCUUUGACUACAGUACGUGCGUCCUGGCCAGCCGGGGCUUCUCCUGGGGCCGCCACUACUGGGAGGUCGUGGUGGGCAACAAGAGCGACUGGCGCCUGGGGGUCAUCAAGGGCACGGCCAGUCGCAAGGGCAAGCUGAGCAAGUCCCCGGAGAACGGCGUGUGGCUCAUCGGCCUGAAGGAGGGCCGCGUGUAUGAGGCCUUCGGCUGCCCCCGGGUGCCCCUGCCUGUGGCCGGCCACCCGCACCGCAUCGGCGUCUACUUGCACUACGAACGAGGGGAGCUCACCUUCUUCGAUGCUGACCGCCCCGACGACCUGCGGCUGCUCUACACGUUCCAGGCUGACUUCCAGGGCAAGCUCUACCCCAUCCUGGACACGUGCUGGCACGAAAGGGGCAGCAACACCCUCCCGAUGGUGCUGUCCCCGCCCAGCGGGCCUGCCCACCUCAGCCCCCCGCAGCCCACCAAGCUGUAGGGCUGCUGGUGGGUCUGCUGGGUUCAGCCAGCCGGGACGACAUUCUUCACUGUUUGGAAAAGUCUUCCUGCCUGUUGUUCCUGGAAACAUCUCAUGAUAAGAAGAAAAGGACCCCAAUUCCUUUCUUGUCAGCCAGGGGCAUAUUUAUUAACCUUUUUGCCGGAUUAUUCACCUGCUUACUAACCAACAGAACCAGGCCGUGGCGUCUGUGGGUUAAGAUCGGCUUCCCUCG